AUCCAGACCAGCUCACGCGCACGCAGCCAGCACAGGCGCGCGAGCAUUCAGGACUCUGAACAUAUCACGAAGCCCUCGCGCAGGACGUCCGACAGACCGAGGAGAUAAAGUUUUACCGUCUUUACGCUAUCCUUUUAUACUUUUUUGUGGUUUAACCGUACAAUGUGAGAAGAAAUGGCUGGGAAAAAUGCUGAUUGGGUGGAAAUCCUGGAGCCUCGUUCACAAGAGCGCAUGUACGUGAAUCUGGCCACAGGAGAGUGUGGUUGGGACACUCCCAGCGACGUGCCUGUCCGCCAGGCUGAUGGUAACCAGUGGUGGGAGCUAUUUGACCCCCAGAGCAGCAGGUUCUACUACUACAACUCUGCCGGCCGUAUCACCGUGUGGCACAGGCCGCAGGGUGCAGAUAUUGUCCCUCUGUCUCAGCUCCAGGCCAUGAAACGCAACACGGCAUCCGAGCGCAAGACUGAUGGGGGUACUAAAGAAAGGAAACAUAGUAAUCAGUCCAUAGGGAGUCAAGAUAGAUGCACCCCUCUACCACCCAUGGAGCCCUACACUAAAGAGCCAGAAUGUGCCGACAAAGCGCCUAAACAACAAGAAAUGGACAACAGACAGAAGCCAGACAUCCAUGGUGCAGACAGCAGCAAAGACUCUCUCAGGCAAGAGCAAAGAGACACAUCUCAGAGGUGGCAGCCCUCACCUGGAUCCAAAGCCGCCAUGUUGGUAAAGGUCAGCAGCAUUGGCAGAAGCCAGACAAAAGGAACCAACGGAGCUGCUUCCCUUCAUCUCCCACAGAGCAAAGCCAGUGACCAUAGUGCCUGCACACUCAAUCCUGGCAGUGUCAAAUCUGUUUCAGGUUACAUGCUGUCCCCGCAGGCUUACAAAACCACACCAGGAGGAAAAAUAGCAGCGGACUCAAAGCAGGCCCACCACUUGAGGAAGGCGAGCAAUGGCAGCUUCUGCCUUGUGACCUCUGGGGACUCUACAGCAUCUCUAAGACCACAGUCUAGCUCACUUAGGCCAGUAUCUCCUCAAUAUGGAGCAACUGCAAGUCUCUAUGACGACCCAUCAUCCGAUUGCCCCAUUUACGACGAGCCUCCAGUAGAUAUGGAGGUUGAAGGUGCUCACCUACACAAUGGCCCAUCCAGACACAAUCACAGCCUUCAGAAGAUGAAACUCCUCCAGCACCCGGUUCAGUCUCACACCGGAUCCAGACACAAGAGGAACCCUUCAGACUAUAGUCCAGCAGGCUUGGAGUGUAUCAAGCACAUGGUGAAUGUUGAUCCCAAACAAGGGCUCCUUUCCACCUCAGCGGCCCCCUCUCCCAGCCCUUCUCCGACCUCAGCAUCCGAGUCUCUGCUUCUCCCGACAAGGGGGCUUCAGAAGGAGCCCACCAGCCUGGAGAAGAAGCAGUCAUGGAGGAUCCUAGAAGUGAGUGUGCUCAGAGCUAUGGAAGUGCACCACAGCCGGCAGGGCAGCCAAGGAUCUCAGGACUAUUCCACACCACCGCCUCCCGCCGUUAGCUACCAGGACUCAGGUUACUCAACCGGCCCAUCUCCCAGCCUUCGGAGGAAAAGCAGGAGGAGGAUAGGUGCUGGAGCCCAGGGCCGACCCGGGUCUGUGGGCAGCACUGGGGAACUUACAGCCCUGAACGAGCGCCUGAUGGAAGAGAUGAGGGAGGUGGUCAGUCGCUCAAACACCAUGCGGGAGACCAAAGCUAGUCUGGAUUCUGAGAUGUCUGAGAACUCUUCCUCGCAGCGCACACACAGCGUGGGUCGGUGCUCCUCCAGGGAGGACGUUGCAUCUUGCAGCAGGUCACAAAGCAGGACAAGUAACCAUCCCAGUUUGGCCUUCACAUCUCUGGAGAUUCCAGGACGGCAGAAGCGGACUUAUGAAAAGGUGGACACGCUUGAGAAGAGUUUGACUUUGUCCUCACCUGAGACUGCUGGACCCCCCUCACAGGCGGGAACACUGGAGCCAAAAGUUCAGUCGGACAGCAGAAAGAAAGGUAUGGUAGACAACAGAACGGGCUCACUCGGCCCUCAUCGCCACGUAGCCAGCGAUACCAAUUUACAGGGAGGUGAUGGUGGGGCUUACCAGCUAUCCUACGCCACCCUCCGUCAGCCACCACCCCCAGACUCCAACAUGGCCGACUGGGCCAGCAAGCACUUGAACAUGCACACCCAGGGCCUGUUCCGCCGUCGAGUCUCCAUCGCCAACAUGCUGUCAUGGAACCGCGGCUCCAUCAAGAAACCCAUGCUGAUGACCAACGACCGCACUGUGCGCAAAGAAGCCUGCGAGAUGUUUAAGCUCGUCCAGGCAUACAUGGGAGACCGACCUUCACGGUUGGACCGGCGGCAUGCGGCUCUUCUAGUUGUCACUAAGUGUUGGGGCAUGCAGGGCCUGAGGGAUGAGCUCUAUGUCCAGCUCGUGAGGCAGACCACUGGCAACACCAGCCCACGCAGUUUGGCAGCAGGCUGGGAGCUUAUGGCUGUGUGCCUCGCCUUCUUCGCUCCUUCACCCAAGUUCUGCUGCUACCUGGAAGGCUACAUUCAGAGGCACUUGGAGCCAACCAAUGACAAGAAAAUAACCCUGUACAUACUGGACCAGCAGGAUAUUAAGAAGAAGAACUCAAAGUCAAGGAAGAAGAGAAAACAGAGCUCAGAGGAGGAAGCAGAAGCGCUUCCCAUCAGCACAUAUGCCAAGUACUGCUACCGGAAGCUCCAGAAAGUGGCGGUCACUGGAGGGAAAAAGGGUCUCCGUAAGCCUAGUUUGGAGGAGGUGGACCACAGUCGACGUGCUAUCAUGACCCCCUCACUAUUCGGCAGCUCUCUAGAGGAAGUGAUGGAGCGGCAGAGUGAACUCUUCCCAGACAGGAAGUUACCAUGGGUGCAAGUGCAGCUGUCUCAGUAUGUGCUGGCUCUGGGUGGAGCUCAGACUGAGGGGAUAUUCAGGGUCCCUGGUGACAUUGAUGAAGUUAAUGCACUGAAGCUACAGGUAGACCAGUGGAGGAUUCCUGAAAAUUUGUCAGACCCUAAUGUUCCUGCCUCUCUGAUGAAGCUCUGGUACCGUGAGCUGGAAGAGCCUCUUAUCCCUAUGAGUUUCUACAAGGAGUGUGUCAGUAACUAUGAUGAUCCUGUGGCAGCCAUCAGAGUGGUGCAGUUGCUGCCUGAGCUCAACCGGCUGGUGUUGUGCUACUUCAUCCACUUCCUACAGGUGUUUGCUCAGCCUACGAAUGUUGCAGUCACUAAAAUGGACGUAAACAACCUUGCAAUGGUAAUGGCUCCUAAUUGCCUUCGGUGCCAGUCGGAUGACCCCCGUGUCAUAUUCGAGAACACCCGCAAGGAGAUGUCUUUUCUGCGAAUGCUUAUUGUACAUCUGGACACAAGCUUCAUAGAGGGCAUUGUUUAAAGUUCUCCUUACGUCUCACUGGCAGUACGUGAUUCAGUGAUACACAACCACCCUUCUCACAAAUAUGACAACAUGGACAGAAACUAGGCAAAAUCUUAGACAAAAGUACAUUUUUAAGGAUGAUUGUUUGUGAAAAAUGUGUAUAUAUUUUAACUGGAAAACUCUCAACGUCACUGUUAGUUUUGUUAGUUAGGUGUGUUCUGCCCACUUCCUCGAUAUAAAGACUAGUGAAAUUGAUGGUAACAUGGCAGAAAUGUCAUGCCUUCAUCCUAAGUUCUUUGCAUGUUCAAGAAAUGCAUUAAAAAAAGGCACAUCUUCAGUUGUGAUGAUCACGAAUUGUUAGUGGUACAUACGUUGUGCAUUGCAAGGUUCAAAGUUAAAGGUAACUUGCAUGGAUGCAUUGCUUUGUGAGCACUCAAACGCUGUACGCUUGUGUUGUAUAGUAAGUCAUAGUGACAGGCUGUAAGAAAACUUUAUUUUGUUUGUCCUGACAGUAUCUUUGUGGAUUUGUGGAUUUUAAAGAAAAGGUUACCUGUUAUGUACAGGACAAAUGUAUAAACGUUGUAUUUGUUCUUAGUUUGAUCUAAGAGUAACUUUAGAAAAGAGGAAAAUAGGUUUUGUUAGAUUGAGUGGGACUUUUUCAUACUCUAUCCAAUGAUAUACAGUAUUUUAAGAAGUGAAAGUUUUGUAUUUUAUUUUAUGAUUUUUUUUUUAAAGAAACUGCUACUCCCUGAUAAUCAGGAAUGUAAUUUAUGCGAAAUUGUCCAGAGUCAUGAAAUAGUACAUUUUCAGCUCCCAUUGGAAGUUCACAGCCUCAUAAAUACCAUUUGGAAAUACUACUUCUAAAAAAAAAAAAAGUAAAUGAAUUAAAUAUAUAAAGUAAUAAUGAGAGUAUAUGCCA